GGAUCUCCGAGCGGAACCGGUCACCCAUCCCACUCUUCCUGCGUCCCCCCUCUGCCAAACUAUUAACCGCCCACCACAAUGGCCCCUGCAAAGCCAAAUAAAGUGUCUCGCAUCACCGUGGCUUGUAAUUCCUGCCGCUUCCGGAAACAGAAGUGCAGUGGAAACAAGCCGAUAUGCACACAAUGCCACCAACACAACCGGCCAUGCGACUGGCCCGAACAGUUAAAGCGUGGCCCUGCCAAAGGCUAUAUAGAAGCCCUGGAGCACCGUCUUCAUGAAACAGAGAGUCUGCUUCUGAAAUUACUUGCCGAAAUCCCGGAUUCCCAGCUCUCAGCCACCAUUCAGGAAAGCCAAGAACAUCCCAGGAAUUAUAGAAGCAGCAACAGUCCAACACAAAUGUACUCUCCAUCCACCCGCUUUGGAAAACGAGGUACAGAUUACUGGAAAAAGUUCCCUUUGCACACCGUCCAGGAUAUUCGUGACUGGCAAAAUGAUUGCUUGGGCAACGGAGGUAAUGCCUCAGCACCACGCUCUUCGGGACCAGAUGUUGUCAGGCGUCCUUCCAUUCCACUUUCUCGAUAUCAACCGGAGAUCGAAUCCCCGAGAGACCAUGCCUCUGAGUUUCAAGAACAUCGGGAGGUGCCAGCGCUACCACGGAUACAUCAGAUCGAGAUCCCCAAUAGCCCGGGAGAUGCGUAUGUGUCGCCGGCUAAAGUGGUCCGCAGUCCUGGGCUAGAUGAUGAGAUAAGAGAGAGUCGCCCGCGAAUUGAUCCAGUUUUCGAGGCGAUACAGUACCAGCGCGCUCGUGCGGAGGCCGUCCAUGAAUUGAGCUCUGUUGUGCAGCAAAAGCCGAGUCUAUGGAGGGGUGCGCCGUCUGUGAGCUUUCAGCAGCAAUUUCUCUGGUAACCUUGACGACCCUCACAUGAAUAAACGACUCAAUUUCUGUAUCAACUUUCUAAGCUUGGAUUGGGUUCGGACAUGCCUUACUUCAGAGAUGCAAGAAUUGUCUGGUCGCCGAUUGGAGGAUGCACUCUGAUUUCAUCGCUCUAGGACUUAUUAAUCCUGUUAUUGCCUCCGGUGUCAUUGUGGAGGGCAAUUCAUAUUCUAUGUGUGGAGCAAACGCCGACACUAUCAAGUAUAACCGAACCAAUUCACUAUAUAGAGAAAUUCCAAGUCCUAUG